AUGUCGAUACACCCAUCGCGACAGGCCUAUGUUGAGGAGGACAAAGAGGAUGCUGAAAUGACCUAUGACCUCUCCAAUGUCCCUCUUGAUACCGACUACUACAUGCCCUCAGCCGGCGGCGGCUCAGAAAAGGCCGCCGAUGUCAUCGCCCAAUUCAACCGCAAGCGCAAAGCGAACGCCAUCGCUGUUCCCACCGACGAUGUGCGAGUCCGCGCAAGACUACGAGAGAUCGGUGAACCCAUCACUCUGUUUGGAGAGCGACCCGAAGAUCGUCGCGACCGCCUACGAGAACUGCUCUACGCCAAACAAGAAGCCACUGGAGAGGAUGUCGCCAUGGAUGUUGAUGAAGACGAAGAAGACGAGGAAGAGCAAGAAUUUUACACAGAGGGUGUUGACGAGCUGCUCGAGGCGCGCAAGGAUAUCGCUCGCUUCUCUCUGCCCAGAACACAGCAGCGCGUCCACUUCCAACGACUCGAGUCUGCCAUCCCUCUACAACGGCACGUCGACCACCGCAACUACGUCAAGGAUAAACUGUCGGGCUUUGAGCUGUUUGGUUCACAAAUCGCCGGAGAGCGACCUGUGAGCAUGGCUCGUUUCUCGCCUAAUGGCCAGAUGAUUGCAGCUGGAAACUGGGGAGGUUCCAUCAAGCUGUUGGGUGUACCGAAUCUGGAAGAGAAGGCCGUCCUUCGCGGUCACACUGCCCAAGUCAGUGGUAUCUCGUGGUUCCCUGGCUCCACCUUGGACGGCACCACCGUGUCUGAAGGAUCUCUCAAUAUGGCAUCUGGUGGUGGAGAAGGCAACAUCCAUCUCUGGUCGCUCAAUCAAGACACUCCCAUCUCGACGCUAUCCGGUCAUACUGGCAGAGUCUGCCGUACUGAGUUCCACCCCUCAGGGAAAUACCUCGCUUCGGCCUCAUACGACACCACAUGGCGAUUAUGGGACGUUGAGACUACCACCGAGCUGCUCCUUCAGGAAGGCCACUCGCACGAGGCGUAUACUGUCGCCUUCAACACGGAUGGAUCUCUCCUUGCCAGUGCCGGUCUCGACAGCAUCGCCUGCCUGUGGGACUUGCGCAGCGGUCGUCGCGUUCUCUACCUCGAAAGUCACAUUGCGCCAAUCUACGGCCUUGACUGGAGUCCCGAUGGUUACCGCGUCAUGACUGGUUCGGGCGACGGUUUCGCAAAAUGCUGGGACAUUCGUGCUAUGAAAGAAACGGCAUCGAUAGGUGCCCACAAGGGCGGUGUGACUGAUCUCCGUUGGUUCAAGGGUACAGACAGCCCGCUGAGCCGCAAGCCUAUAGACAAUACACAAGACUUCAGUCCAAAGAAGAGCGGCACUUUCUUCGUCAGUGCUGGCUUCGACAGAAACGUCAAGAUCUUCUCGGCCGACGACUGGGCUCUGUGCAAGAGUCUGAGCGGCCACUCCGGUCAUGUGCUCUCUACGGAUGUAACCAGCGACGCCAAGUGGAUCGUCAGUUCGAGUUACGACCGCACCGUCAAGCUAUGGGCAAGAGACGACAUGCAGGGCCUGUACGACAAUGACACCUCGACCGGCAUGGAUACGAGUACGUAG